UGGAGCACACAGCAAAUUUAAUCUAAAUACUCCAAGAUGCAGUUGUUGGCUGUGAUCCUAGUGCUAGUCCUGGCCAGCUUGGCCCACUGUCGACCCACAUUCGAUAGGAUCGCGCAGGUUUUGUUGGACUCUUUGGAUGAUCACCCGGGGUAUUAUUCACAAGGAAGGCCACUGCCAGGAGGAGGUUACCCGCGUCCGUACCCUGGACCAGGUCCACUCAUCCAAGAGGGCUACGAGCAGGGCUACGACUAUCACUACGGAGGCGGCCAUGGCUAUGGGAGCUACCAGCAGACCCACCCAGCUGGCUACGGAUACUACCCACCGCCUCGUCCCGUGCAUCCUCCCACCGCCUACUAUCCACCUCCGCAGCCUGGCUCCUACUCCCAACCCUCAGUUCCUUCCGCUGGCUACUAUCCGCACAAGACUCCGGAUCCCUAUGGAGGCGGUUACAAGCAGCGGGGUUACUAGCGUUCAUCUGUCCCAUCCCCCGUUUCCACCAAUUAUCUCUUGUUUAUUUAAAUGUAUUUAUUAAAAUUUCGUUAUUUUCAACAACAA